AUGCGCCUUCUUCGUACAGCGACACAUUUAUCUGCCCGAGCUCUACGCCGCGCAAAGCCUACUGCUGCCUUUCGGGCCAAUAUCGGCGCCUUGGGGGUUGACCCUGCUCAACGACUUGCGGCAAUGCUCAAUAAACAAGCAGCUUUACAUAGCGUGGCGGCCACGUCGAGCAUUAUGGAGGCUUUGAAGACAAAGGAUUCUAGCAACCCUGCCAGUGCUGGUCAAGGGACCCUUCUUGCCGCCGUAGAAGAGGGUGAGGACGAAGAAUCUCAUAGAUGUCGUGGUGUAUUCUCUCUCGCCACAGUAGGACAUGGUGAUUCAUCGAGUGGUACAUAG